CUGGCAGAGAUAACGAAGAGGAAACUCUCAGUGACAGAUGCACCAUCUGUCAGUUCCGGAGGAGCAGUUUUCAAGAAAACAGAAAAUGAAAUGAAGAAGAGAGUGGCUUUGUUUCAAAAGUACAGCCCAGCCUAAGGACAUUUUUCAACAAAAAAUUGAGGCGAAGGAAGCAUGUGACUGGCUCCGUGCUGCUGGGUUCCCACAAUACGCUCAGUUGUAUGAGGAUUCUCAAUUUCCCAUCAACAUUGUGGCUGUCAAGAAUGAUCAUGAUUUUCUUGAAAAGGACCUUGUAGAACCUCUUUACAGACGACUAAAUACAUUGAACAAGUGUGCCUCAAUGAAACUUGAUGUGAACUUCCAAAGGAAAAAGGGUGACGACUCAGAUGAGGAAGAUCUCUGCAUCAGCAACAAAUGGACUUUCCAAAGAACCAGCCGCCGGUGGUCUCGCGUGGACGACCUGCACACACUGUUCCCCGGAGGAGACAGACAUGGGUCAUCGGGAGACAUUAGGAUGAGAAACACCACGAGCAGUGAAAGCGUCCUCACCGACCUGAGCGAGCCCGAGGUUUGCUCCAUUCACAGUGAAAGCAGCGGAGGGAGUGACGGCCGCAGCCGGCCAGGCAGUGGCCACAGCACCGGCCGGGCGCCCUUUGACUGCCCCGGCCAGCCCUGCCCCGACAGCCCGGUCAUGCUGGACGCCACAUUCGUCAGCGGCGGCCUCCCGCAGUCCCCCAGAGACGCUCUUAGCUACCCAAAGAAUGAGAAACACACCAGGGCCAGAGCCAAGUCAUUUUUGAAGCGCAUGGAGACUCUCAGAGGGAAGGGGGCACACGGAAGGCCCAAGGGGCCGGGGCGGACCGGGGGCUUGGUGAUCAGCGGGCCUGUGCUGCAGCAGGAGCCGGAGGCCUUCAAGGCCAUGCAGUGCGUCCCCAUAACAAACGGAGAUCUCCGGAGCUCGCCCCCCACUGCCUGCCCCAAAGGGCUCCUGAGCACCAGCAAAUGGAGCGGGGCGAGCAGCCAGUCGGAAAAGAGUAGCAGUGGCGUGAGCAUGCCUGGCCUGAAGGAACGAAAAUGCCAGGAGGCCAACAAGCGCGGGGGCAUGUACUUGGAAGACCUGGACGUGCUGGCCGGGACAGCACUGCGGGAUGCCGGUGACCAAAACCACACACACGAGUUCCAUUCCCAGGAGAACUUGGUGGUGCACAUCCCCAAGGAUCACAAACCGGGAACGUUCCCCAAGGCACUCUCUAUCGAAAGCCUCUCACCAACAGACAGUAGCAAUGGGGUUAACUGGAGGACCGGCAGCAUCUCCCUGGGCAGACAGCAGGGCUCCGGGGCCAGGGAGCCCAGGCUCAUGGCGUCCUGCCACAGAGCAAGCAGAGUCAGUAUCUACGACAACGUCCCGGGCUCCCAUUUGUACGCCAGCACAGGAGACCUUUUGGACUUGGAGAAAGAUGACCUCUUCCCCCAUUUAGAUGACAUUUUGCACCAUGUCAAUGGGCUCCAAGAGGUAGUGGAUGACUGGUCAAAAAAUGUCUUGCCUGAACUGCAAACACAUGAUGCACUGGUUGGAGAACCCGGCUUAUGCCCCUUCCCAUCUCCUAAUCAGAUCACCUUAGACUUUGAAGGCAACUCGGUCUCGGAAGGUCGGACAACACCCAGUGAUGUGGAAAGAGAUGGAACAUCUCUUAAUGAGUCGGAGGCCACUGGGGUCCGAGAGAGGAGGGACUCUGGUGUAGGGGCCUCUCUGACUAGGCCAAACAGGCGACUCCGAUGGAACAGUUUCCAGCUCUCGCACCAGCCUCAGGCGUCCACCGCGCCGCACAUCAGCAACCAGACGGCCGGCCAGCUGAACCUGCUCCAGCGCUUCUCACUGCUUCGCCUCACGGCCAUCAUGGAGAAGUACUCCAUGUCCAAUAAACACGGCUGGACGUGGUCAGUUCCAAAGUUCAUGAAGAGGAUGAAAGUUCCUGAUUACAAAGACAAGACUGUCUUUGGUGUUCCUCUCAUAGUUCACGUCCAGAGAACGGGACAGCCCCUGCCUCAGAGUAUUCAGCAAGCACUCAGAUACCUGCGUAGCAACUGCCUCGAUCAGGUGGGUCUUUUUCGAAAAUCAGGCGUGAAAUCUCGAAUCCAUGCGUUACGUCAGAUGAACGAGAACUUCCCCGAGAAUGUCAGCUAUGAGGACCAGUCUGCGUAUGACGUGGCGGAUAUGGUCAAACAGUUCUUCCGGGACCUCCCAGAGCCUCUUUUCACCAACAAGCUCAGCGAGACCUUCCUCCACAUCUAUCAGUAUGUCCCCAAGGAGCAGCGGCUGCAGGCAGUGCAGGCUGCCAUCCUACUUCUGGCCGAUGAGAGCAGGGAGGUCUUGCAGACGCUGCUGUGCUUUCUCAAUGACGUGGUCAACUUGGUGGAGGAGAACCAGAUGACACCCAUGAAUCUUGCCGUGUGUCUGGCCCCCUCCCUCUUCCAUCUUAAUUUACUGAAGAAGGAAAGCUCCCCCAGAGUCAUACAGAAGAAAUACGCCACCGGGAAGCCAGAUCAAAAGGACCUCAGUGAGAACCUGGCCGCCGCGCAGGGGCUUGCCCACAUGAUCACAGAAUGCGACAGACUGUUUGAGGUCCCGCAUGAGUUGGUAGCCCAGUCCCACAACUCAUACAUGGAGGCUGAGAUCCACGCUCCAACUCUGGAAGACCUGGGGACCCAGCUGGAGGAGAGCGGGGCAACUUUCCAUACGUACCUGGGACAUCUUGUCCAGGGCCUCCAAAAAGAAGCCAAGGAGAAGUUCAAAGCCUGGGUCACGUGCUCCAGCACAGACAACACAGAUCUUGCUUUCAAAAAGGUGGGAGACGGGCACCCGCUGAAGCUGUGGAAGGCCUCUGUGGAGGUAGAAGCGCCCCCCUCCGUGGUUUUGAACCGUGUGCUGAGAGAGCGCCACCUGUGGGAUGAGGAUUUUGUGCAGUGGAAGGUUGUGGAAACCCUGGACAAGCAAACAGAAAUCUAUCAGUAUGUGUUGAACAGCAUGGCCCCCCACCCUUCCCGAGACUUCGUGGUUCUCAGGACCUGGAAGACUGAUUUGCCCAAAGGCAUGUGUACCCUGGUGUCCCUCUCUGUGGAGCACGAGGAAGCCCAGCUCAUGGGCGGUGUGCGGGCCGUGGUGAUGGAUUCUCAGUACUUGAUAGAACCGUGCGGCUCUGGCAAAUCGAGACUGACCCACAUCUGCAGGAUAGACCUGAAAGGUCACUCCCCAGAGUGGUACAAUAAAGGCUUCGGACAUCUGUGUGCAGCGGAAGUUGCCAGGAUUAGAAACUCUUUUCAGCCCCUCAUUGCUGAGGGUCCAGAAACUAAAAUCUGAGUUUUCCCCAGUGUUACAUCAAACUCAGGGAAGAGGAAGUGAACGGAAACACUUGUGGGAGAGAGAGUGCUUGUGAGAAAGCAAGAGAGAGAGAGAGAGAGAGAGAGAGAGACUGAGUGACAUGGUUAAUGCUUUUAAAGAUGGAAACACUGAGGAGUCAGAAUGUUGAAGAUGCAAGAAUUUCUGAGAACUUUCCUAGCCCUCCUGGAGAUGGCUACAUCCCUACUAAUAUAAUAUUUUUAAAAAUCAGAACAUUUAUCUAUGUUACUUAAAAUUAAAUGGAUUAUUCCUUGUGCAUUGCCUAAUUUGCUAUUUAAAGGCUUCUAAGAAGCGUAUUCUUAACUGUAAAUAAAUGUAUGUAUAGCAUAUGUACAUAUGUGUGUAUAUCUCUAUCUUUAUUGUAUAUAUGUACAAUACCAAUUUUAUAUAUAUUUGCGUCUUUUGAAAAGGAACGCGUCUGACUCAGUGAGUCCCUUCCUCACUCACGUGGUUCUUUCCAAGUUGCUCUGGGCCCAUCCCCCCACUGUCCUGUAAACGGAGCAGAAUCUGCUGCUAACACCGAGGUGUGAAAAUGUGUAGUCUGUCAGUCUGCCCUGAUGUUUAACCAAAGAUUAGCGAACCAAAGGAAAACAACAUUCAAAGGUUCUUAUGUGUUGUCAGUUUGUGUUAUUCAAAAACGGAGCGUGGAGUGUUGGAUAAAGCCAGGAAAAGAAUACUUACUCCUCUUAAAAGCACAGAAGUGAGGAAGAAGUUGUGACCAAAGGGAAGGCUGCGGGACCAGUUGCCCAUGGACCCAGCCAGAUGCAGCUUCAGGGACAUGUCAGAUGCCCACGGGCCACUGGAGUCAGCACAAGCUGACUGAAAGAAACUUUAUUUCCCUGCUGGUUAGAGCCAACUAGCGUAGCCUUUGCAUAUUCACAGCCAAAGGGAGCCUCUGUGUUUUAUCAGGUUUUCAUAGAUACAUUUCAUCAUGUUCUUAAGUGUCAUUCUAUAUGACCAGUGCCCUGUUUGGUCACAGUUAAUUGGCAUUUUCUUACCAAUAUAUUGCACUGAAUUGAACUCUGGAAGCCAGGCAAGGGGAGGCGAUGUCAUUCGAGUGUCCUGGACCAUAGCAGUUUCAGGGAAUUCUUAUUUUGCUCUAUACGAUGCUCUUCAUUCAAGUUUUGCAAUUUGAAAGACAGAGUUUUAAACUAACAGUAAGACCAAAACUAUGCUCUGCAAUUAGUGUUAGAAAACAUAAACAGGUUUCUUAAUUUCAUAUUUCUUCAUUAGCCAGUCAAGCUUCCCUAGGUGUUUGACCCAACCUUAUUUAUUAUUGUAUAGACUAAGUUGAUUGACUCUCCUUAACCAAUUGCUGAUGGAUUUAAGUUGUGGGGUUUUUUUUAUUGUAAUUCCACAACUGUAGAGAGGAAGAUAAGUUAUUAUGUUCGGUUUCAGGGAGAGAUUUUCUUUGGUAAUCCAUGAGAGAUUGGUAUCAUAAUUUAGCAACUGGUGUGGGAGGAAAAAAAAAAUGUUUUUCCCUUUUCUGUAUUGUGUGCAUUUAUGUUAUUAGUAAUGUUUCCUCCUAUCAGCAAUGUGCAAUUCUUUUAUUGAGAGAAAUAAAAAAUGCUAUAUAUGAAUUCUGCAUGGUGCAAGGGAAAUCAUACUAUUUGAAUUAUGGCCCAGGAAUUUUUCAUUUCCUUGCCUACACAAGAAGGUGCCAGCAAACCCAUAAUUUUCAAUUUGGGCAGGGUUCUGUGAACAAAACAAAUUCACGUCUGCCAUGCAUCUUAAAUUUAACCAUAUAGGAUGGAUUACUUGCCUAUGCAAAGACAAGAUUAACGAAGUUUAGUCUCGUUUAAUUCCUGUCCAGAGAUGGAAUCCUAGGUGUUUGGAAAAUAUGAUAGACACACAAGAAGAAUCGAAUUGUAUCACCGAGCUUAGCAUACACACGAAUCACCUGGAGAUCUGGUUCAAAUGUAGACUCUGAUUCAGGCAGUCUGGAGUAAGAGUCUCCAUUUCUAACAAGUCUCGGGGAUGCUCGUGCUGCUGGCCCUAAGACCACACACUCUGGGAAGCAAGAGGAUACUGAAAACAAAUGUGAUUGUAUUUCUGACUCCUCCUCUCUUCAAAUUAUCUGACUGGCUUUUCUGUUUUUACGCACGUACUAAUCACAUCACUGCUGCAUAACACAGUGCGUCUACAAAAAAAAAAAAAAAGGAAAAAGGAGGGAAACGAUGCAUCAAGCUUGUUUGUCAAAUACCACAGUGUUUUAUUCGUUGUUAUCUUGCCAAUGGAAAUAAAAUAUGAUAUUG